AUGUCAAUCCACAGAAGAAGUCCCAUUGCAGUCGCUCAGAACCUCUUCGACAAGCUCGCCGGCACCUUAGCGAAAGCUCCGUACGCACCCGGAGCACCCGGAGCAGUAGCGAACGUGGUGCCCGCAAGCACGGCGGCAACAGCGCCGCCACCGCCAGCUGCGCCUGUAGCAGCCCCUCCGCCACCACCAGUAGUGGCACCAGCAUCGGCACCAGCAGCCGCUCAACAACCAGUAGCGCCAGCAGCAGCGCCCAUGGCAGCUCCGGUCGCACCCACAUUAUCCGCGCCUUUGACUGCAGUGCUUCCCGGCAGCGGAUCCGCCACUGGAGGCAGUGGUGGCGGUCUCUCCGGUGGUGGUGGUUUGCUAGGCAUCCCAAACACGGGCAAUGGAAAUGGUAACAACCAUUUCAGCGGAAACGAUCUCGGCGGAAGCGCUUCUGGCAAUUUGCCAAUCGAUUUCAGCAACUUGGGUGGCAUAUUGAACAGCAACAAUAUCGUUCCCAGCGUGAGUGAUCUCAAUUUUCUUGAGGUCAACUUCCUUCAGUGA